AUGUUGCACAACUUGGUUUCCGGCAUUAGACCAACUUCAUUCGCUGAAUUUUCUCCUGAUUCUAAACACAUAAUUACCUCAAACUGGUCCGGUCAAGUAUCAAUUUGGUCAAUUCCCGAUUGUGUAGAAGAACUUAAACUUCAAGGGCACCCUUGUCAAGUUGGAGCAGCGCGUUUUCACCCCGGCGCUUACAAAAGUCAAGAUCCUCUUUUAUUAAACGCUGCAUCUUGUGAUCAUUCAGGAAAUGUUUUAUUUUGGAAUUUGGUAGAUGGAGAAAAACCUGUGGCAAAAUUAGAAAGGCACGAGGAUAGAGUACCUAGAUUAGCAUUUCACCAAAAUGGAAGGCAUUUGUGCACAGCUUGUUUUGACUCUUCUUGGCGUUUAUUUGAUUUGGAAACUUUACAAGAACUUAUUUAUCAAGAAGGACAUAGCAAAUCUUUGUUUGAUUUGGAUUUUCAUGUCGAUGGUUCUUUGUUACUUACAGGAGGUCUUGAUUGUUAUGGACGUGUUUGGGAUUUAAGAACGGGUCGUUGUAUAAUGUUCCUAGAAGGUCAUCAGAAGGGUAUUUACACUGUUAGUUGGCAUCAAAAUGGGUUCCUAAUGGUUACUGGAAGUGCUGAUAAUACUUGUAAAAUUUGGGAUGUCCGAAUGCGUCGUCAAAUUUAUACAAUGUCUGCUCACAACAAUUUAGUUUCGCGUGUCAGAAUAGAUCCUUCUGGAGAAUAUUUAGUUACUGGCUCGUAUGACAAUACAAUGAAAUUAUGGACAUGUUCAGGAUGGCAACCUUUGAGGAUAUUUGAUUCGCAUAAUAUGAAGGUUACUUGUGUUGAUAUAUCACCUGAUGAAAAUUGGAUUGCCUCAAGUUGUUAUGAUCGAACUUUUAAAUUGUGGAACUUCUCAAGGGAAAAUUAA